AUGGCGGGGUCAGAGAGUGAGAUCCUCCCCUCCAGAGUCCCAGUGCAGGGGGCAGGUGCUGCCAGUCCUCAGACACCGGAAGGUGAAUGGAAGGAGCAGGAGGCAGCCCGGGAGCUGUGGAACCACCAGCACCAAGGGGCGCAUUCCUGCCUGGCUCCCAACAAGAAUGCUGGGACAUUCCUGCUCCGCAGCACCAGAUAUUUUGCCCUGACUCAAGGCCAUCUGGUCACCCCUUUGUGCCAGAAAGGGUACUUUCCGUGCGGGAACUUGACCAAGUGCUUACCCCGCACCUUCCACUGUGACGGGGUCAAUGACUGUGGGAAUGGUGCUGAUGAGGAGGGCUGUGGAGACACCAGUGGAUGGGCGACUCUGUUUGGCGAAGUCCACAGAAACUCUAGGACUGUGGCGUUCACACCCGGGUGCUUUCUAAACCAAUAGCCACCACACUGUGACUGCAAAGAAACAGAACUUGAAUGUUGUAUAAAUGCUGACUUCAGAUCUGUGCCAACGAUUUCCAGCAAUGUGACUCUACUGUCUCUUAAGAAAAACAAAAUCUUCAGUCUCCCAGAUAAAGUUUUCAUCAAGUACACAGAACUGAAAACUAUAUACCUCAGUCACAACCACAUUACAACUCUCACACCUGGAGUAUUCAAAGAUUUACAUCAUCUAACAUGGUUAAUUCUAGAUGACAAUCCCAUAACUAGAGUCUCGCAGUGGUCAUUUACUGGAUUAAAUUCAUUAUUCUUCCUGUCUAUGGUGGAUAGCCACUUAGAAAGCCUUCCCAAGCAGAUGUGUGCUCAAAUGCCUCAGCUCAACUGGGUGGAUCUGGAAGGCAAUGGAAUAAAGUAUCUUCCCAAUUUCACCUUUGUGUCCUACAAUUCUCUCACAGUGCCGUUCCUGCCUAGAAAUCAAAUUGAAUUUGUGCCAGAGGAGACAUUCUCUUCAUUAAAAAAUCUGGGAGAACUAAAUCUCUCUAACAAUCUGAUCAUGGAAUUACCACCCCACCUUUUCAGCAACUUGGAGCUUCUAUAAAAAUUGAACCUGUCGACCAACCCUCUUGCACAUCUCCACAAGAACCAGUUUGAAAGUCUUAAACAACUUCAGUCUCUGGAUCUGGAAAGGAUAGAGAUUCCAAAUAUAAGCCCACAAAUGUUUCAACCCAUGAAGAAUCUUUCUUACAUUUAUUUCAAGAACUUCCGAUAUUGCUCCUAUGCUCCCCAUGUUCGAAUAUGUACGCCCUUGACUGAUGACAUCUCUUCGUUUGAGGACCUCCUGGCUAACAAUGUCCUCAGAAUAUUUGUCUGGAUUAUAGCCUGCAUGACCUGCUUUGGAAAUCUGCUGGUCAUUGGUAUGAGAUCUUUCGUGAAGGCUGAAAAGAGGACUCACGCUAUGUCCAUUAAAGCCCUUUACUGUGCAGACUGUCUGAUGGGCAUCUACCUGUUCCUGCUGGGCUUUGUCGAGCUCCAGUAUGGGGGGCAGUACCAGAAGUCUGCCUUGCUGUGGACGGACAGCCUGCAGUGCCACCUCCUGGGCUGUCUGGCCCUGCUCUCCUCUGAAGUCUCGGUCCUACUGCUCACCUUCUUGGCUCUGGAGAAGUUCCUGGCCAUCGUUUUCCCCUUCAGCAACAUUCGUCCGGGCACAGGACUGAUGGCCGCCAUUCUCACUGGCAUCUGGCUCACGGGACUUGUCAUCGCUGUAAUCCCACUGUGGAAUGAGGAUUCUUUCAGAAACUUUUAUGGGGGAAAUGGAGUCUGCUUCCCACUUCAUUAUGAGCAAGCAGAAGAUACUGGAAGCAAAAGCUACUCCCUUGGAAUUUACCUAGGUGUGAACUUGCCGGCUUUCCUCAUCAUUCUGUCUGCCUACAUCACUGUGUUCUGUUCCAUCCAAAAGACCGCCCUGCAGACUGCCCGCGGGAGGAGACACAUUGCAAGAGAAGUGGCUGUGGCCAACCGUUUCUUUUUUAUAGUGUUCUCUGAUGCCAUCUGCUGGAUUCCUGUAUUUGUCAUGAAAAUCCUUUCCCUGUUCCGGGUAGGAAUACCAGGCACACUCACUUCCUGGAUGGUCAUUUUCUUCCUUCCGGUCAACAGUGCCUUGAAUCCAAUCCUCUACAUGCUCACCACCAGCCUCUUUAAGGACAAGCUGAAACAACUGCUGAACAAGCCCUACAGGAUGUCAGUCUCCAAAACAAAACAAAAAAGUCUAUCAAUGCCCAUUGUGUGGACAGAUCACUCCGCAUCACUUAAACCUGGGAUGUUGAACAAGAUGACCCUCGAGACAGUGAUUGGGGUGGUGUUAGGAGAUCGAGGGCCAAAUGGGCACGUGCAUUGA